AUGGUUUUAAUAUUGACGUUAAUUAGCGGUCCAUACGUGGAAAUAAAGAUGAGGUCGGGGCAGAGUGAUGGGUAUGAUGCAGUGUUUCUGAGUCCACACAAGUUUCUGGGUGGUCCUGACUCUCCUGGAUUGCUCCUCAUGAACAAGGCCCUCUAUCGGUUGAGAUCUUCGCCGCCAUCAACUUGUGGAGGUGGAACCGUCGAUUACGUCAAUGGCUUCGACGAGAAGGAUACAGUGUACAUGGAGAAAAUAGAGGAAAGGGAAAACGGGGGCACGCCUCCUAUAAUCCAGACAGUGAGAGCAGCAUUGGCAUUUUGGGUGAAAGAAUACAUAGGCUACAAAGAGAUUGAGAAACGUGAACAACAUUACAUUAACAAAGCACUCAAAAGACUCGAGUCCAACCCAAACAUUGAAAUUCUUGGUAACUUGAGCACUAAGCGACAAGCUAUAUUGUCAUUUAUCAUAUACUCUACCACAAAUAGUUCUUCAUCACAUGGUUGGGGCAUUAAAUGGCUAAGAGAACGUAAUUUAUGGAGCAAAAGAGGUAAGCUACUUCAUGGCCCUUUUGUUGCAACACUUCUAAGUGACCUCUUUGGCAUCCAAGCUCGUGGUGGCUGUGCUUGUGCUGGACCUUAUGGCCAUCAAUUGCUCAAUAUCAACAAAUCUCAAUCACUUGCUAUUAGAUCAACAAUCCAAGAGGGUUAUGUUGGAGUGAAACCUGGCUGGACUAGGGUUAGCUUUCCUUAUUACAUGGACUGCGAGGAAUUUGAGUUCAUUUUAACAGCAAUAGAGUUUGUAGCAAUCUAUGGCCAACGCUUCCUUCCCUUGUAUAGCUUCAAUUUGAGAAACGGCAGCUGGAGAAUGAAGACAGACCAGCUUGAGGCUCUGAUGAAGAAAAAUAACUGCAACUUUCAAAUAACUGUAGAGGAAACAAACAGUGAAUCGAAAGCACUUGGAGUUAAACAAACUAGUAAGUUAAGGAAAUCAUACUUAGAUAAAGCAAAAUAUAUUGCUAGUCUUCUCCCCAAGUUCCCUUCUGAAGGCAUACUCCAUGGAAAUGUAAAUCCCAGUAUCCUCUAUUUUAGAGUUUAAUUAUCUGCCAAAUACCAAACAUAAAUUCUAAAUCUAUAUAUCUUGUUUGGA